CGCACAAUACUGCGAGUCUACGAGGCUCCCGACUAGGUGACCAAGCGAAACAAAACCCCUAAAUACGAUCCGGACCCCGAUUCACCACAGGCUGACCCGCCGGCGUACCCGAUAUCAACCAGAAGAAUUCAGACUCUCUGCGGCACAAGUUUCAGUUCGCCCAGCCUUUGUCGUUUAGAGGUUCUCGCUUUCAACCCCAAAACAAUGGCGACUGUUAUGCAGAAAAUCAAAGACAUAGAAGAUGAGAUGGCAAGGACCCAGAAGAACAAAGCAACAGCCCAUCACUUGGGCUUGCUGAAGGCUAAACUUGCAAAACUUCGGAGGGAACUUCUUACACCUUCAUCGAAGGGAGGUGGUGGUGCUGGAGAAGGUUUUGAUGUUACAAAGAGUGGUGAUGCAAGAGUUGGUCUUGUGGGUUUCCCUUCAGUUGGGAAAUCAACACUUUUAAACAAAUUAACAGGGACUUUCUCAGAGGUUGCUUCGUAUGAGUUUACUACAUUAACUUGCAUUCCUGGUGUAAUCAUGUAUCGAGGUGCUAAAAUUCAGUUAUUGGAUCUUCCCGGUAUUAUUGAGGGUGCUAAAGAUGGAAAGGGUAGAGGUAGGCAGGUCAUCAGUACUUCUCGGACAUGCAACAUUAUCUUAAUUGUUCUAGAUGCAAUAAAGCCAAUUACUCACAAACGUCUUAUAGAGAAAGAGUUGGAGGGAUUUGGCAUAAGGUUGAACAAGGAACCACCAAAUCUGACAUUCCGCAGGAAAGAUAAGGGUGGGAUCAAUUUUACAUCAACAGUUACCAACACACAUCUGGACCUUGAAACUGUGAAGGCAAUCUGCAGUGAAUACAGAAUCCACAAUGCUGAUAUUAAUCUUAAGUACGAUGCAACUGCUGAUGACCUCAUAGAUGUCAUCGAAGGCAGCAGGGUAUAUAUUCCGUGCAUCUAUGUUGUCAACAAGAUCGAUCAGAUUACACUUGAGGAGCUGGAGAUUUUGGACAAACUUCCUCACUAUUGUCCAAUAAGUGCUCAUCUAGAAUGGAACCUUGAUGGUCUGCUGGAUAAAAUAUGGGAAUAUCUCAACUUAACUCGCAUAUACACAAAACCCAAGGGAAUGAAUCCAGACUAUGAUGAUCCCGUAAUAUUGUCGUCGAAGACAACGACAGUUGAGGACUUCUGCAACCAGAUACACAAGGACAUGCUCAAACAAUUUAAGUAGUAAGUCUAUCUUCCUAAAUUCGCUG